AUGGGGCUGAAACACUACGGCUAUGGGGCGAUGCCUUGGGUCGAAGAGACGCUCGCGAGCUAUCUCUCGCCCGAGUCUGCAUCAUCCCUCAAGACUCCGACAUUGCCCACCAAACCUUUAAAAACAACAUCGGGCUUGGUGAGCAAGGCUUAUUCGGCAGCAGGUCAGGCUGCAGCUUGCCUUCAUACAAUGUCCAUAUUGCAAGCUUACCAGGCUGACCUGCUGGGGGAGAUAGAUGAGAGCGGGGAAGCGACAUUUGAGUCCAUACAGGAGCUUAGGAAAGAGAAAGACAAGAACAUCCUUAUGGAUGCGCCGCUGUCUCCUGUGGGCCUAUUCGGCGACGUAGUAUCAUCUGUCGUCGAUAGGUUCCAGGAGACACGUAAACAAUCAGCGGCCUUCCAGAGAUUCCUUCCCCGCCGUAUCCAUCCCCCCGAGGCUGCUGAGCGGGAGCAGCCUCGGCCGUCAGCCAGCUCCUCGGUGCAUAGAGCGCAGCAGAAAGCCAGUGUGGCCACCCGUGCUCCGCCGCAGAGAUUUUGGGGACCAGGGCGGUCAACACAGGCAAAGCCUUCCAGGGGUGUGUUUGGUGUUGAUGAAGAGAAGUUAUGGAUAGAGGGAUUUUCAAUCACUCUAAACUCUGAUCUUACUGAAAUGAUGAAAGAUGAUGUGAUUCAGUGGAAGUUUGGAAAUGAAAACACUUUAAUAGCUGAAAUCAAUAAACGGGCCGACAGAAUCACUGUAUAUGAUGAUGUUCUUGAUGGGAGAUUCAGAGACAAACUGAAGCUGGACAAUCAAACUGGAUCUCUGACCAUCACAGAGACCAGAACUGAUCAUGCUGGAGUUUAUCAACUAGAGAUCAACAGUGUGAGAAAGAGAUUCAAUCUCACAGUCGCUGCUCGUCUGCCUGUUCCUGUCAUCAGCAGUAACUCUUCACAAUGUUCUUCAUCAUCAUCAUCAUGUUCAUUGGUGUGUUCAGCUGUGAAUGUGAGUCAUGUGACUCUCUCCUGGUACAAAGGAAACAGUUUAUUGUCCAGCAUCAGUGUGUCUGAUCUCAGCAUCAGUCUCUCUCUACCUCUGGAGGUGGAAUAUCAGGAUAAAAACACCUACAGCUGUGUGCUGAACAAUCCCAUCAGCAACCAGACUCAACAUCUGGACAUCACUCACCUCUGUCACACACGUUCAGACUCUGUCCACUGUUGUGGUCCUACUGAAGCUGUGAUCCGAUUGGUCCUCUCUGCUCUGGUGGGCGUGGCUACUGUCAUUAUUCUGGUUUAUGACAUCAGAUCCAGAAGAGCUGAACGAGAUCAAGCUCAUAUUCACACAUCAGGAAGUAUUGAAAUCUAAAGCAGAACGCUGAUCUUUAAAGAUUCUUCAAGUGUGAAUUUUGAUCUUCUAGUGUUUUUGUUGUAAUAAAUACUGAUGAUUAUUUGAGCUUCUCUCUUUCAGUGUCAGAUUUAUUUAAAAUCUUAUUUGUAAGGCUUUAUUGUUUAUAUUUCUCUCUCAUACAAACACAUUAAUAAAGAGACACACAGAUCUCACUUUACUAAUUCUGCUGUUCAUCUGUCAUAUGUAUUUGCUUGCUUUUAUCAAUAAAGUUUUCUCAC